AUGGAGGGCAGCCACUGUAAUCAUGAUUGUCAUAUAACAAAUGCUAACAAAUCAGUUUGUCAAACUCUAUCUGAAAUGGAUUGGGAGAGGGGAAUUUGGAAUGCAGCAUUUUCUGGAGAUAAGGAUAGGAUAACAGAAUUGAUAAAUAAAAGUAGAAACAUUACAGAAACUGUGAAUGUACCAGAUAAUGCUGGCUAUACUGCUUUGCACUAUGCAGCAAGAAAUGGUCAUUUAGAUAUUUGUAAGCUUCUUCUUGGAUAUGGAGCAAUUCUUGAUGUCCAAACAAAGAGUGGAAAAGCUACACCUUUACAUAAAGCUGUAGCUACUGGCAAACUGUCAACUGUAAAAUUUCUCAUAGAGUCUGGAGCUAAAACUGAUUUGAUAGAUGACGAUGGAAAAACUAUACUGCAUAAAGCUGUGGAGUAUAAACGAGAAGAUUUAGUAAAUAUGCUGCUUGAAACACAUCCCAACCUUCAAAAUGUAAAGGACAAAAAAGGCUUAUUGCCCUUAGAUUAUAAGACAUCACAAUAA